AUGAAUAUGCAACAAAGAGAAGAAAAACAACUGGAAACUACAAUUCAAGCCAUAUUAAUCAGAGUCAAUGAUUUGAAGACUGCAAUUCAGGCACUUAUAAACAAGUUGGAAACUGAAUACGAAACUAUAAACUGGCCUACAUUUCUGGAUAACUAUGCAAUUUUAUCAGGACAUUUGACUGGAUUAAGUAAGAUAUUACAAGUAGAACUGGCAGCGUCUCUGAAAUCUCGGAUUGUGUUACCCUUACAAUUGAGCUGUGAACGUGACGAAGCAUUGGCUCGACUAACUGAAGGACGUGUUCCAGCUUGUACACAUGAUCUCGUUCCGGAUUUGUUGCGUACAAAACCAGAACCUCAGGCUGAACAAAGGCUACAGCAAUUUAACCAUAAAGCCAGUACACUAAGCUAUGAUACUGCACAGAAACAAGUUGCUCAAUUCACCAAAGUAGUAAGCCAUGUUUGGGAAAUAAUAUCAAAAGGGCGAGAAGAUUGGGAUGGAGAUUCUAUGAGAUCAGCUGGUAUGCAACCAACCCAUAGUAUAUCUGACACUCAUGCUUUGGUGACUGCUGUGGGUACUGGCAAAGGAUUGCGUCCAGGGAUCCCAUCAAUAGUACCACAAGGUGUAGCUCCAGGCAUGGGGCCAUCACGAGGCCCAGCCCCUCAACUUGGUCAGACAGCUCCAUCUUUGCCAAAAGCACCUUCAGCUAUCAAAACCAACAUCAAAGCUGCCAACCAAAUCCAUCCAUAUCAACGUUAA